AGGGGGCGGUAGUGUUGUCGGACGCUGCGAGUUGCCAUCGUGACAAGCAGACGAAAGAGUCGGCAGGAGGAGAAGGUUAAUCAGAUAUUCAUGUCCGAGGGAGACCUCAGCGGGACGACGCGGGUACAGCAUUUAUCGCCUCUUCCAGUCACGGUGACUGUUAGAGUCUAGAUAAUGAUCAGACAUGGUGCCUUCCCAGACCCAUGUGUUGCUGAAGUGGCAGGAGCACUUUAAUAGCUCAUGGGCAGCAGAAGACACUUUACAGACCGCCACAAGGCAUGGUGCUGGCGCGCUCUACAACAAGCUCCUACACAACAAGGAAGUGGUGACUCUGGCACAGCCUGUUCAAGAACUGAUUGGCCCACGCCUACCAGAUUUUGAGUGUGAAUCUUGUGCUUCAGAGGAGAAGGAAGAGUAUCUGUCAUCCCUGCUUCACAGCCAGCGAUGGUUGGCUCACCGCAUGCUGACGCAAACCUCCUACACCUCGAGCCUCCACUACAGGCUGGUAGUCCUCCGGAGAAUAUUCUACGCCCUUGACAGCAAGUACCAUGACAAGUUCCGGGUGCAGCUGUCCUGUCACCCCGCAGACAUUGCAGCUGAAUGUGGGCAACUUGAUUUGGUCUCUAAGCCCUGCCUGCCCGGAGGAACAUCCAAAGUGAAAUCGGGUACAGAUGUUCUGAUAGAAAUGGGUGUGAAGACAGGUCUGAGCCUCCUUUUCUCUUUACUGCAGCAGAACUGGCGAUACGCGACUUCUGUGCACCCCGAGUCAGUGCUUUGCAAUGAUGUACUUGCCACAGCUUCCUCUGUGCUGGCUUCCCUGCCACCACUUUGUCUGGCCAAUGAGAAUAAGCUCCCAUCAGUUGGACUGGACUGCCUGGUACAGGUGGGCGAUUUCCUGAAGAAAACAUCUGUGAGCAGCGGGGCUGGCGGGGCAGACCCGACUGGUCGACGGCUCUCGCUGGAACUGUUGCUCAGCCUAGCAAUGCAAAGAGGCUCCCUAAAGUUUCUGUUGGAGUGGAUAGAGGUCGCUUUGGCUGCUUCUGUGUCCACUUACAGUUCUACACUGUCGUCCUCCCCUCCCCCCAGCUCCUUGCACUCAGGCGGCGUGAGCUUUGAUGUCAUUCAGCAAACCCUUCUUCAAAUGAGGCAAUAUUCGGGUUUCCGUGGGGAGUCUGUCAAUACUCAAGUGUUGAAGAAGGAUACAAAUGGUCUUUGUACACUCUCUCAGGCAGCUCUCUGCCUUUUUGAAGAGAUUUGUAACCUCGCGUCGUACUGCCUGUGCUCCUGCAGUACGGACGCAGCUGGUCCCGGCGCAGAGGAUGACACAGUAAUGGUCUAUGUGUGGGGCAGCAACAGCAGCCACCAGCUGGCAGAGGGGACACUGGAGAAAAUUCUGCUGCCAAAAUUGACACAAGGGUUCAGUGAUGCCCAGAUGAUUGAGGCAGGCCAGUACUGUACCUUCUCAAUAUCUGCAGACGGUUCAGUGAAAGCAUGUGGAAAAGGCAGCUACGGCCGUCUGGGCCUAGGAGACUCCAACAAUCAGUCAAUGCCCAAGAAACUUGUCCUGGAGCCUCACAGAAACAUGAGAAAAGUGUCUUCUUCAAAGGGCUCUGAUGGUCACACUCUGGCCAUUACAGUGGAAGGAGAGGUAUUCAGCUGGGGCGAUGGAGAAUAUGGGAAACUGGGCCAUGGCAACAGUGCUACACAGAAAUACCCCAAACUUAUCCAAGGACCACUGCUAGGGAAAGUUGUUGUUUGUAUCUCUGCUGGCUAUAGACACAGUGCUGCUGUGACCAAUGAUGGAGAGCUUUACACCUGGGGAGAAGGGGAUUUUGGCAGGCUGGGUCACAGUGACAGCCAGAGUCGGAAUGUGCCCACACUGGUGAAGAAUGUAAGUGGUGUAGGUCAGGUGGCAUGUGGCAGCUCCCACACCAUCGCCGUAGCACAGGAUGGACGCACUGUGUGGUCCUUCGGGGGAGGCGACAAUGGCAAGCUAGGUCAUGGAGACACCAACCGUGUGUACCGACCAAAGGUCAUAGAGGCGCUACACGGAUUCAUCAUCAGAAAAGUGUGUGCUGGCAGCCAGUCAUCGCUGGCCCUUACAUCUGCAGGACAGGUGUUUGCCUGGGGCUGUGGCUCAUGUCUUGGAUGUGGUUCCUCUGAAACCACUUCUCUGAGGCCCCGGUUUAUAGAAGACCUUAGUAUCACCAAGAUUAUUGAUAUCUCAUGCGGAGAUAGCCACUGUCUUGCUCUGUCCCAUGAGAAUGAGGUGUAUGCCUGGGGCAACAAUACCAUGGGUCAGUGUGGACAAGGCCACACUUCAACACCAAUUACUAAACCCAAGAAAGUGCUCGGCCUAGAGGGGAUGUCAAUACAACAAAUCACUGCUGGUACUUCUCACAGCCUGGCUUGGACUGCAGUUCCAAAAGACCGGCAAUUGGUGGCAUGGCAUAGGCCCUUUUGUGUCGACCUGGAGGAGAGCACGUUCAGUUACUUACGCAACUUUCUUGAAAACUAUUGUGAUGGCAUAGGAAAUGACACGCCCCCUGCCCCAUUUUUAUCUAAAAGGGAUCACCACCAGUUUCUUUUGCUGUGCAUGAAGCUGCUGUCCAUUCACUUGUCUUUGGCCCAUGCUGGGGGCACCGGUGCCAUGGUUUUGGGUGCUCAGGGCAGGCCACUCAGAAACCUGCUCUUCAGACUCAUAGACACCAAUAUGCCAGACUCUAUACAGCAGGCAGUUAUGAACACAUCGUCCAUUGGUGCUUCCUUGCUGUUACCUCCUCUGAGGGAAAGAACAGAACUACUUCUUUCCCUUCUUCCUCAGGGCCCACAGAGUUGGAACAUUCUUUCCAAAGGACAGUGUCUGCAGUUAGACAUGGUCCUCAGUAACCUUCAGGAGCAGAGCCAUAUAGCCUCAUUGUUAGGUUACAACAAUUUUGGGGAGGUGACAAAUCUGGGAUUCCCUGUGACACCUGUUAUGUCAGCACAGCCAACAUCCUCAUCCAGUUCUGCUGUGACCUCUGACCCUCUGCACUUGGCAGAGGUGCUGCUCAGAAACCUUCUGCUCAGCAUUGGCUUUUACACGGAGAGAGCGUUUGGGGAGUUGGAGAAAAACAGUGACAAACAGCUGUUGACUGAUAAUCAGGGACACAGUGAUUUUCCCUCUCAUUUUCACCAGCUGUUGUCUGGAUUGCACAAACACCUCCUUGCCCACUGCUACAUCCACUCCAGCCCAGAGGAUGACAGCAGUGUAACGCUGCUUCGAGAGCAUCUGUCCCUGUUGCUUCCCUGCGCUGCUGAGACACUCAGGAGGUCCACGCGGCUGCUAAAGGAGAGUUUACUGGACAAACAAAUUAUCAAGACGUUGUACAUGGUCUUGUAUCACUCCGUGGCUGGUAGCCUACUGUGCCAGGUAAUGUAUUCACUGCUGCUGCUACCUCUGAGCACAGUUCAACCUCUUCUGAGCUAUUUGCUGGUCUUGUUGGAGCGCCUGAAUGACUUUAACAGGUUACUACCAGAAACAAGUCAGAUGGAGGAUCAAGAACUGAGGAUGGAGGCUCAAAAAGUCUGCAUAGAAAAAGGGGAAGAUUCAUCGCUUGGACAGCAGCAGCAGGAGAAGGAUUGCAAGUGGGUUUGGCUGUUGGAUCUGGAGCGGACUGUAGCGCUGGUAGUUGGCCAUUGCAUCGGUGGCAUGCUGCAGGGUCCACCGCCCUCAUGUCAGGAGAGAGCAUCAGAAUUCUGGCUGUCAAAUAUGCUCCUCAGGAAUGGCCUUGAAAUGGAGUUUGAACAACUUGACUCGAGCAUGGCUUGGCUGACUGAGAUGGUGCUGCUGGGCAGUACUGAUGCCAGACUGGCAGAGCUGAGUCUGAAUGAGAAACCAGUACUUUACUGGAACUGGGCACUGGGAUCUUCCAGAGAACCUGCAAAUGGUCUGUGGCGAAAGAUGAAGGAGUAUGCUCAGAGCAGAGAGUGGGAGAUAAACAGUUCUUCAGGUGAAGGUCUGCUGCUGCAGGCUGUGUGUCGCUGCAGUCUAGCUGUCCUUCUGAAACACACUGGGCUGCAAGAUGAGGCUUGGUGUCUGGACAGAUAUGCACCCUGUGAGAUGCUGUUACACAUCUAUGAAACGGUCUAUAAAAUCAGAAGCACUCUGUUGGCUCAAAACUCUCCAAGGACUUCACAGGUGCAGGCUGCUGCCAGACAGACUUCUCAUGCCACCCAGAGUACUGAUGGAGACAGACAACAGGACAAACUCCACAGUGGAUCAGGCAGAAAAGGAACCCGAGCAGAGUCACAGUAGCCAUGAGUGCAGGUUUCCCCCACUGCGGUAGCAAACCACAACCAGGAGGAGGUGGUGGAGGAGGAUACUUUUGGCAACAGCCGUAUGUACCUGUCAGAAGUGCUUGAAUCAUUCAUGGCCACGAGGGAAGCCAUGCAAGUACAGCAGAAUGUGACAGUGUACGAGUCCUUUGGCACGUCCACCCUACCUAGCAGCAUGGAGAGCCCCGUCUGCCCUGAGAAACAGCCAGAUGUCACACAGCAGUGGGAGAAACAGAAAGAGUCAGAGGAAAACUUGCCGUUCCCAGCUGCCUGCCAUCUGGUAGUGUCCCGUUGUCUCUUUCUCCUGCUGGGGGUAAGGCCUGCCUGUAUAGAACCAACAAAAAAGGAGAACACAGUGAACCUGGGAGCAAGGGAACCAUCUGCAGAGUCCUUCAUACUGGCCUAUGAUACUCAUAAACAGGCUGACCAAUCCAAAAAUAUAUUGGGAACUUUCAGGAAUAAAAUGGGUUUGCCUCUUUGUUCUCUGGAAGUCAUGAAAGAUGCUUGGCAGCGCCUGCGACAGUGUAUCAUCCCAACUGUCACUGUGGCCCACAGUGGCAGCUAUGUAUUGCCUAUUCAGAACCAGGUCUUCUACUUUGUCUGUGGAAACCUGGUGCAUUUAUCAGCUUCCUCCCCAUCACUGCCAGGUGGACAGACGUGUAGUCAGUCAGAUCCAAGGGGCUUUUCUUGUGCUGUGCUGCAGCAGCAACAGAGAGCUAAGAUGCGUCUGGAAGCCUUGUGUCAGAUGUCAUCCUUCCUGUCCAAGAUGGAAGAAAAAAGCAGUGUUUUAGAGUUUCCCCCCCAGGCUCCUGCAUUGUUGCAGUCUGUGCAGCUGCAGUUCCUCUCUGGGUGCUUUGGUCUCGGAACACAAAUUAUCGGAUCACAAUCUGGAGCCGACUACGAGAUGCAGCAUUACACGUCUGGUACACAUUCAGCUUCCAUGGAUACCAAAAGAGAACUACAGUCUGCAGCCCAUCACUUCUACCAGCAGGUUUGUGUGUGUCUCAGACAGCGGGUCCUUUUGGAAAGAGACCAUCCAGGUUCCUGCCAACAUCUUGUCCUAGCCACAAUGUUUGCACUGAAUUACUGUUACCAACCAGUGGACCUGGUGCUUGUCGUCAAGUGCGGCAUCUUGGAAAUCCUUUCUCUGCUGACCAAUAAUGCCGGUGCACUGCUGAGCCAGGGUUGGUUUGCAGCCUGCACAUCUGGAUCUAUGCUACUAAGUGGGGCUGUCAGACUCGCCUCCAACCGCCUGCUUCAGAUACUGACUGUAGCUGCAAGCACUUGUGAGGACAUGCUGCCGCUGGAUGUGUCCCAUGCUCUAAUGGAAGUGAUGUGUGUGCAGCUCCAGAAUAUUCUCAUCACCUUCCAACAACAGCAGGCAACAGAGAGAAGAACAGCUGAACGAACAGAAGUGGAAUCCAGCAGCAACAGUUCGAAUCUGUUCGGAAUGCAAAGCAGUAAAGUGGUUGAAUCUCAGCUUGCAGACUUCUUGGUAUUUCUGAGGCGCGUACUGUCAUUACGAGUGAUGAAAAGACUGUCUAACUUUGUUAAGUGGAUUGAACCACUCAUGGCCAUUAUUUCCCACAAGUGCUCUUUAGGAUCUCCAUACUUCCAGAAUCUCCGUACCAAGCUUUUGGCCUUCCAUGUUUUAGAAAGACUGCUGCCAGUAUGUUCUGAUGCAGUUCAGAUCCAACAGAUUGUUACACAACUUUUUCAACUGUUAUCUGCUUAUAUGUGGGAGGAGCCACUGGCUGAGAUGAACCACGAGGUGAUACUGGAAAAAGACAAGGGGAAUCCUGGCAGCUGUGAUGAAUGCAUUCCUAUUGGAGAUUUUUCCUUUGAUCCACAUAAACUAAUCUGCUGUUCACUGGAAGGCGGGAACAUUCUUUCCCACGGCACAGGAGGAAAAGGAUAUUGCUUGGCAACCACUGCCAUCACAUCUGGUUGUUUCAUAGGGAAGUUCUACAUUGUGAAAGAGAAAGGCAAUGAGGGGACAUGUAUCGGCGUGUCCCGCUGGCCAGUCCGAGAUUAUAACCACCACACCACCACUGAUAUGUGGCUGUAUCGUGCUUACAGUGGCAACUUGUACCAUGGAGGAGAAUUGGUCCGGACUCUUCCCUCCUUCACUCAGGGUGAUACUAUCACCUGCAUCCUGGACAUGGAAGCUCACACCGUGUUAUUUGCUAAGAAUGAAAAGGAACCAAAGUUGGCAUUUGAAGGUGUGGCUGCCUCUGAACUCUACCCUUGUGUUUUGUUCUACAGCAGUAAUCCUGGGGAGAAGGUGGCGUUGCGUGACCUCCAGAUGCGAGGCAUGCCCAGUCGCUUAUUUCCUGGGGAUCCUCUCUGCAGCCCACGAGCCACUGUGUUGUUAGAGUCUACAGUACUGCUCCUCCGUAGACUCCAUCCAUAUGAACAUUGGUCAUCUCAAAUCAACAAGCACAUUCAUACUCAGCUGGAGCUAAUUGGCCCCCUGUUGAAAGACUGUGACUUCAAUCCAGGCCUCAGUCCCACAUAUGUUGACACAGAAACAAAUGAAAGAGAAGACCUGAUUGGAAAUGACACUGGUGAAAUAAGACAUUGUCAGGGCCUGUCAGAGGGCAAGCUGGCUGUUCUUUGCACUGAAGUGUGGCCAGUGCUGGCCCUGAUCGGAGGAGUGGACAGCGGUCUCCGGGCUGGAGGAAGAUGCUUGCACAAACCCAGUGGACGUAAGGCCAUUCUGCUGGGGGUUCUUAAGGAGGGAAGCUCCCAGGCCAAGCUUCAGUGGGAGGAGACUGAACUCUCUGUCAGCCCCAUGAAUUCUUGGUCACCUAGUGAUACACCAAUCAUCACCUUGGAGCCCUGUGACAUGCACAAUUGCGACAUCAUCCGACUUGGAGGACUCAAACUGUCUGUAGUAUUAGAUCUAAUUUAUUUGAUGGGCCUGUUGGAGGAGCAUGAGUGGAAGGAGCUACAUCCAGCUCCGACAAGUAAAUGCUCAGAGGCAAAUGUGACAGAAUGUGAGUUGCAGCGCUAUGUGGAAGAAAUACACCAAGAAGAUGUAUGGCUAACAGAGGAUGAAAGAAAAAUGUUUGAGGAGGAGAAGGCUGAGAUCGAUCCAUUAUCUCCACCAUCUUCAUUCAAAGAUGCCAGCAAGAUUAUGGAGCAUCAAGAGUUGACUUCCAGUCCAUGUCUACCACUCACCACACAAGCCUCCCAAAUCUCAUUGGUGGAUGUUUUAGCGCUUGAACUGAGAACAGUUAGAGUUUCAUACCUUCUCACUGGAGCUUUGAAAUCAUUAACUGUUAUUUUUAGUUGUGAGUUAUCAGAUUUGUUCAUAGUGCCCAAAUGUGACCCUGCUGACUGCCGCACAAGUCCCAUUUCCAGCCCGAGUUCCGACCAGGCCAAAGCCAGUGAUACCACGCAAUGCAGUCAGAGUGCUGAACUGAAGUCAUUGCUGCAGUAUGUGGUGCAGAGCAUGGUGAAGUGGGCAGUCAGGCCCUGCCCCAUCAAACAGAGCGUGUCGCUUGCUGACCUAGAAAGAGCUCAGGUCAUGAUCUACAAAGGAGCAAUUAGGACACUGCUGGAAGAUGUGGGAGACAAACAGUGUAAAGAAUCUGCCCAGCACUUGUCCUCCCAGCCAAUUUCCCAGUCUUCCAGCUCUGCCUCCCUCUACAGUGCAUGCUCAGAGGGCACUGCUAUCUUUGGGCAAUCAAACCGAGCCUCUGUUUCAUCCUCUAAUACUGACUUGGCCUCUUCCCUGCCAACAAACCUUCAGAUGGAUGGCUUUGAUAAUUUCAACCCUUUCCUUCCAUCAGCCUCCUCCAGUGAGCACAUGGUGCUAACGCGUUUACCUUCAAUUACCGGCCUGGUUAGCACGACUCCUGCGCUGCACCCUUGUUUGGUUGGCCAGCUCUGCUUCUUUGAUGCCUUCACAGAACAGCAAACUAGCUUCAUGGAACCUGGUCCCUGCAGCACACAGGCUAGAAGCAGCUUGGAACGGACACAAAUGUUUGUCACCAGUCGGUUGCUAGAAAUGGGAUUUUCUAUGAGACAUAUCUACUUGGCCAUGGAGGCAGCAGAUGUAGCAGGUGACUUGGACUCUCAAACCAUUGAGGUGUUGGCCAGAUGGAUGCUAGAGCACCCUCUGCACGAUGACCAGCAGCUGGGUGAGUCACACAGACCAGAGGGAGGUCCUGACACACCGUCCCCAGAUGGACCAGAGACGGUACAAUGUCCUGGCGCCUGCCUGGUCAACCCAGUGAAAGCCUGUUGCCAGGCCUUGGACUGGAUUGAGCGGGAGAACUUCUUGGAUGUCCACCUGACGAGGAACAGACCUCCUCCAGCACGGUGGCGGCGUUCAGGCCCUACUCAGAGGACCUCUUUCCGAAGACAGGUCAGAAUCAGCAUAAAGUUGUUGUUGUCAUUUUCAGAGCUGCCGCCGCUGUACCAGCAGCAUGCCGCAGUCGGUGACUGGCCAGAGCAAGUAGUUCAUCCCUACUCUGCUGAAGAGGAAUCAGAAGUGGGCUACAUGGAUGACCCAUACCACGAAGAAACCUAUGAAGACCUGCUCACACCUGUUUUCACCUUGGAUAGUGACACUCUUCAGAUAGUAGAGGGAAGAGAAGAACACAGACAGAUGGUGAAAUGCGAACUGUGCAACACACUAACUCUGCAAUUCAACAAUCACAUAAAGCGGCGACACCCUGGUUGUGGACAGAGUGCUGCACGUAAGGGCUACGACAGCACCGGCUCUUAUGUGGACGUCUGGUUCAAAGGGGAGUGUGGCUCCAACUUCCCUUUCUACCUCCUUUGUGGCUCCUGCAGGGAUAAAUAUCUGGCGGCAAACUUGUGUGACCUGAGUGGCAAACAUGAAAGGAUUAAAGGUUUGACAUGUGACUUGAUUGGCCAGUUGGAUAGCACAUCUGACGAUGAUUGGGAAAUGAGCCUCCAAGAUGACUGUGACACAGAUAGUCUGACAGGACUGGAGGACUUUGGGGUCUUGCUCAGACCACUGGGGUUAACUGAAAAGAAACUAGUUCCAGAUCCCAUCACCUUCACUGAGCCAGAUCCCCUCGGAGUGCUGGCAUACAGCUCCUCUGACCCUUGGAGAGUAGUGUCUACUCAAGGUGUGGUUCUUGUUGAACGCAAGACCUGUCUGAGUCUUGGCGAGCAGGCAGCAUCACUGAAGAACUCCUGUGAUCGACUGAGAGCUUUACGAAGAGUCACCUCCACAGCUCAGAUUCUGCUUUCUUACAGCAUGGUAAUGAAAGCUCUGUCUCAGGCUGCGUCAAGUGCGUCAUUGUGUAGCCAGUCAAGUGGACUAUUGUCCUUGGGUCUGGCAGACAUCCGUAUUCUGGUGCGUUUAAUGACUCUGGCAGCAGGGGGCAGAGUUUAUCCGUGCAUUGACAGACAGUCAAGUAUGAAGGGGAUGGUGACGGGCUGCAGCUCCUCUACCUGCCUGAGCUUCCUCACCUCAGCCAUCGGUAGUGUGGUGUCCCACAAUCCUACUGCUUACAGGCAACUUGUGGAAAUAUGCACUCAGGAACUAAAGGCCGCAGCUACAGGGAUGAUGAACACUGGAUUGAUCCGGGACUCCCAGCUAAGAGGUGAUAUGAACACAAUUGUAACUUCACCUCAGCGAGCUCAGCAGCACAGGGACUGCAGUGAGCUUAUGCCGCCAUCAUUCGUGGUUACACAAAGUCUGGUGUCCCUGCUUACUGAAAAGGGCGUCCAUUGUUGCACCCCAGAAAAAGCUGAAUAUGAAGCUAAUGGUGCAACACUGGGCGCCCUAGAGCUGGCUAAUGCACUGGCAGCAUGCGUCCUGUCUGCUCGGCUAGCAAGUAAACAUCGUCAGUGGGCUGCACAACAGCUGGUACAUGCACUGGCAGCCACAGGAAGGGACAGUGCCAGUCGGCCCCAGACCUACAGUGACCUAGCUGGGGACUUACGCAAAUGUCCUCUCAAGAGACUGGAAGGACAUUAUAACAGGGUGACCAGCUGCUUCUGGAACAAUGAAAAGAGGCUGUUGGCUACGUGGUGUCAAGACAAGAUGGUGCAGCUGUGGAACAUCAGCCACAACAAUGUGGAGCUACAUGCCACCUUCAGCUGUGAUACAAGUACAACAGACAGAUCAAGAUCAACAAGGCCUGGAAGAAGUCAUCCUGUGUCUCAUGUGUACUGGAGUGUUGGUGGAAACUUUGUGGCUGCCCCUGAGAACAAAUACAUCAACAUAAUUUCCAUCAGGGGAUCUCACUGUCAUGUGGAGGCCCAGGUCUCACGUGCCACAGCCCUCUGCUGGGCCCAGACUUUCAGUCUGUGGGUUCUUGAACAGUCUGUGGGCAGUGUGGACCAUCCCACUGAGAGCAUGUUGGUGGGGAGGCUGGAUGGCUCCCUCUGUUGGUUUCAGGUCACGAUCCAGGAAUCAGGGCUGCACGUGAAGACCAUUGAAGUCACCCACUGCUACAGGAAAGACGCCCCUCAGUGUAUAGCCUGGCACAGUGAGGACAAGCCUUUUGCAGUUGGCUAUCCAAAUGGAAAGAUGCUUCUUGCUACAGCUUAUGAUAAUGAGCAGCCUGUGGUGUUAUCUCUCUUUCCUGAGACUGUGAGUUCCUUAAAAUGGGAUCCAACCGGACACCUGUUGCUCUGUCUGGGCCGGUCUGAAGUAGUGAAGAUAUUGGGUCGAUCUGGGGGUACCUGGGUCACACUACACUCCCUCCUGCACACCGGCACAGUUAAUGUUGCUGAGUGGUGCUCGCUUCCUGGCAGAGCACCGGAUCCCAGACUCUUGAUGGCUGUAGGUUGUCAGAAUGGUGCCGUAUAUGUGUGGACUUUGCCACAGGGGGGUACUGCUGUAUCUUUGACGAACACAUUCAACAACUCUCUUAGCAAAAACAUAAGCUGUGACACUAAGCAGGACAAUGCAAAAUGCUUGUUUGUACUCAGUGGACACAUUACGGGAGUGAAGUCCCUUUCAUUUUGCCCCGGUGGAUUGGCUUUAGUGUCUGGAGGGAUCGGUGGGCUUGUCAAUAUCUGGUCCUUACUGGAUGGUUCAGUCUUACAAACUGUGACAGGUUUGGGUUCAGUGAUCAGUGCCACCUGGAUAUCAAACUUUGGUGUUGCUGCCUGUUUUGGGAGGUCAAAGGAUGUUUUGUUGAUCUGCUGCACGCCUGAUUGGAUCAGUCAAAAUCACGUGCUGGCUUCCUGUCGCAUGGUGCUCAGGAGCCAGAACAUCGUGGGUUUAAAUCGGGCGCCGUGUUUAGCCGUCUUCCUGGAGAGGCUGCCUUUGCUGUUGCAGGAGCAGUACACAUAUGAGCAGACCCAUGUGGCAGCUGGUGAUCAGUUAGUCCACAGUGCCUUUUUGCAGAGUCUGACUGCCUUGACUGUGGGCCUGUUCCUGGAGAAACACCUGUGCCGUUACCCACGCCCCCCACACCACAGUGGAUCUGAUGCCCACUCUUGCCCAUCAGAGUGGAGCUGGCUGGCCACUUACGCUACGACUGUCCGCAGUGCUGAGGCCAUUGCCAGCGGGACUGUUUUCCCAGAGACCUUCAUUGUGUCAGAUUUUCAAAACUGUGAUGACUGUGAACUCACCAAAGCACUGGACAAUAGUAAGUGGAGCAUCAGAAUGGAUGAACAGUUGAUGUCAUGGGCCACCAUCAGACCAGAGGACUGGCAGCAAGGCGGGAAGAGCGAUGUGUACCUGUGGGGCAAUGGACGCUAUGGACAGCUGGCAGGAAUGGAAACAAACCCAAUGAUGCCCAUUCUUGCACCAUCUCUGCUACAGACUCAACAAGUUGUAUGUGGGCAGAACUGUACUUUCCUUGUCCAGUCCAAUGGGACAGUACUGGCUGUGGGAGAAGGACAGUAUGGCAGACUGGGUCAGGGAAAUUCAGAUGAUCUCUAUGUUCCAACUAUUAUCUCUGCCUUUCAAGGGUAUGUGGUGACACAACUGGUGACAUCUUGUGGGUCAGACGGACACUCUUUGGCCCUUACUGAAACUGGAGAAGUUUUCAGUUGGGGAGAUGGUGAUUUUGGGAAACUGGGCCAUGGCAACAAUGAAAGACAGAGGAGACCAAAACAAAUUGAAGCCUUACAAGGAGAGGAAGUGAUUCAGCUGGCUUGCGGCUUCAGGCACUCGGCUGUGGUAACGGCUGAUGGAAAAUUGUUCACUUUUGGUAGUGGUGAAUCUGGGCGUUUGGGUCUAAGGUCAACAUCCAGCAAGAUGCUGCCUGAAAGGGUGGCUGCACUCGAAGGGUAUCAUGUAGGACAGGUGUCAUGUGGUCUCAACCACACUCUGGUGCUAUCCCAGGAUGGCAUGAUUGUGUGGGCAUUUGGAGAUGGAGACUAUGGUAAUUUGGGAACAGGGUCAUCUACAGCAAAGUACUACCCUCAGAAAGUGGAGCAACUUUGCAACAAGGGGGUUAAUAAGGUCAGCUGUGGGACUCAGUUCUCUGUGGUCUUGACCUGUGAUGGACAUGUCUACACAUUUGGACAAGAGCGUCUGAUUGGCCUGCCAGACUCUAUGCUCAAGAAUAAAUCCUGCCCUCAAGUGGUGCCUUCACUGGAGGGGCUGUUCAUUGAAGACAUUGCUGUGGGCUGUGAACACGUCCUAGUGUUGUCCUCCACUGGAGAUGUCUACGCGUGGGGCUGCAACAGCGAGGGACAGCUUGGACUUGGCCACUGCAGCUCUGUGAAGGAGCCCACACUCAUUACAGCCCUUCAAGGGAAGAACAUUAGACAGAUUUCUGCUGGACGCUGUCACAGUUCAGCUUGGACUACCCCCUCUACCUCAACUAGAAACUCAGGUGGCUCUGGAAAUUUCCAGCUCGACCUUCCUCAGGCAGUCCCUCCCCAGUAUAACACUCUGAAAGACUGCAGCCCCGAUGUCCUCAGCAUGCGCCUCCGGGUCCUCUACCACUUCUCUGACCUCAUGUACAAGUCCUGGAGACUGCUCAAUCUCGAUGCCAAGAAUCUGGCAUCCACUUCACGCUAUAGUUCAGGGACAACAGCCAUCAUUCGGGGUGAGCUCAGAGGGCUUCUGUCACCCAAGGUCAAUACUCUGCCUCUAGUACGCUCCAUUGGCAGAACCAUGACCCAGGGCAAACCAUAUGGACCGCAAAUCACUGUGAGACGGAUUUCCACAAGGGGGCAUUCUAGCAAGCCCAUCUUCGUGCAGAUCGCAAAGCAAGUAGUGAGCCUGAAUCCUGUGGAGCUGCGGCUGCCAUCACGAGCCUGGAAAGUGAAGCUUGUUGGAGAGGGAGCUGAUGAUGCUGGAGGUGUGUUUGAUGACACCAUCACUGAGAUGUGCCAGGAGUUGCAGUCUGGUGUGGUGGAUCUUCUUAUCCAUACUCCCAACAGCUUUGCUGAUGUUGGCAGUAAUACUGACAGGUUCCUGCUGAAUCCAGCAGCACUCUCAGAGGAUCACACAGUCCAGUUCCGCUUCCUUGGCAUUCUAAUGGCAGUGGCCAUUCGCACCAAGAAGCCACUGGACUUGCAUUUGGCUCCAUGGGUGUGGAAGCAGCUCUGCUCUAUGCCUCUGGGAGGGUCUGAUCUGGAGGAGGUGGAUCUACUCACCUACCGCAGCCUGCAAGGAAUUGUUCACCUAGAAAACAGUGGAAUCACAGCAGAUAAUUUUCAUGUGAUGAUCCCACUGGACUCAUUUAUGGCCCAUAGUGCUGAUGGAAGGCUGGUACCAGUGGUAUCUGGUGGUCAAAACAUCUCCCUGACCUUUGCCAACAGGACUGAAUAUGUGGAAAAAGCGAUGGACUACAGACUGCAUGAAAUGGAUUCACAGGUGGCAGCAGUCAGAGAGGGCAUGUCUGCCAUCAUCCCCGUGCCCCUCCUCUCCCUGCUCACAGAGCAGCAGCUGGAGAAGCUGGUCUGUGGUCUACCAGAGGUUUCUGUCGAGAUGCUGAAGAAGUUGGUGCGUUACCGGGACAUCACAGAGAGCCACCAUCUUAUUAGCUGGUUUUGGCAAAGCCUGGAGGAAUUCACCAACGAGGAGCGAGUACUUUUCCUGCGUUUUGUCUCCGGCAGGUCCAGGUUGCCUUCAAACCUGGCUGAUAUCACACAGAAGUUCCAAAUCAUCAAGGUUGACAGGCCAGUCAACGGCCUCCCUACGGCUCAGACCUGCUUCUUCCUGCUUCGCCUGCCUCCUUAUACGAGUCAGGUCAUCCUAGCCGAACGCCUGCGCUACUCCAUCCACAACUGUCCCUCCAUUGACAUGGACAACUACAUGUUGUCUCACAACACCGACCCAGCGGAGAGCUCUGAACCCGAGGACUGAGAGGAGGGGCUGCGGGCCACACAGUGAUGAAUGAAUGUAUCUUCUCCGAUGCCAUGCACGUUAUGCACUGAACAGCCAAAUCGAUACGGUAGUCGAAUAUUUAUAGCUCGAUUAUUUGAUGGAUUUAUGUAGGUUUGAUUUUUCAAAUGGUGCAACAUGUACAGUAAGAUCUAUACUGUAUACAGUGCACUUCGACCCUGACUCUUUUUUUUUUUUUUU